AUGGCAAGUGCAUUGGGUAGCAGAGUUCGAAACUCUCUUCUACCGAGGUGUCCGCUCAACUUCAUAAGAGCCUUUAGCUCUUCUUCCUCUUCUACUUCUUCUGUUCCUUCUGCACAGAACCCUAAGAAAUCAAAGCGAAGAAAGAAGAACUUGUUUGAGGUGGCUCAGUUCUUACCCAACUGGGGAAUUGGCUACCACAUGGCCAAGGCUCACUGGAAUGAGGUUUCUUACGAAAUCACUAAACUCAAUCUCUACAAGGAUGGAAGGCAUGGAAAAGCAUGGGGGAUUGCUUAUAAAAAUGGCUUGCCAUUAGCCGAUGCUCCAAAAAAAAUCAGUGGAGUUCACAAACGCUGUUGGAAGUACCUACCAAAUGUAGUAAAAGCAUCAGAAAGCUCAACAAACUUAACGAGUCCAAUAGAUAGUGGCUUAAAAGUUGAAACUGAAGCAAGUUGA